CACGCCCCACUCUGGGCAUCGCAACGUCCGAGGAGUACUCGGUGCGUCAUUUCCACCUUCUUUCUCUGCCCAACAUGGAAGGGGCGGAGCCGGCGCUCUAUCAGUGCGUCACUUCCGGUGAGCCUAGCGGCGACAACGGCAACAUGGCUAUGAACGGCGCUGAAGUUGACGAUUUCUCUUGGGAGCCUCCUACCGAAGCGGAAACGAAGGUGCUGCAAGCGCGACGGGAGCGGCAGGAUCGCAUCUCCCGGCUCAUGGGCGACUACUUGCUGCGUGGUUACCGCAUGCUGGGCGAGACGUGCGCGGACUGCGGGACGAUCCUCCUCCAAGACAAACAGCGGAAAAUCUACUGCGUGGCUUGUCAGGAGCUCGACUCAGAUGUGGAUAAAGAUAAUCCCGCCCUGAAUGCCCAGGCUGCCCUCUCCCAAGCUCGGGAGCACCAGCUCGCCUCUGCCUCAGAGCUCCCCUCAGGCUCUCGGCCCACCCCUCAGCCCCCAGUACCCCGUCCAGAGCACUGUGAGGGAGCUGCAGCAGGGCUCAAGGCAGCCCAGGUGCCGCCCCCUCCUGCAGUGCCUCCAAAUACAGAUGUCCUGGCCUGCACACAGGAGGCCCUCCUGCAGAAGCUGACCUGGGCCUCAGAUGAACUGGGCUCUAGCACCUCCCUGGAGACUAGUAUCCAGCUGUGUAGCCUCAUCCGAGCUUGUGCUGAGGCCCUGCGCAGCCUGCAGCAGCUGCAACAGUAAGAGACCCUCUCCUGAGAAAAACCCUCUAGAAAAACAGCUGUUCCUCUUG